AUGACACUGCAAGAAGCCGACGAUGGUGUUGCAGCGUGUAACUGGACUCCGUCGGAGGAGGAAGAAGGCGCGUCGUUCAUUGUGUUUGCGCAGCGGGGGCGGCGCUUCUUCCUUUACUCCCUUGAUGACCGGGAGGUGAUCUUGCAUUCCAGCUUGCCGUUGCUGGACUCUCCGGUGGGCGUGGAGGAUGCAGGCGACAAUCAACAGUACACUGGCGUCGCAUCGGUGCUUGCGUGUGUGGUGAUAUUGUGUUGUGGGCAAACACGGGGGUUGAGAUGCUUUUUCACGCCUCCACCUGGAGACGCCGGCAGCUUUACACAAUCGAUUUACCCCACACCGGCAUCAUGGAGCUGUGCCCGGUGUGUUCGUUUGUCUGUGACACCACCGACAGCGGGGGCGGCGGCGGGAGCGACGUCGUCUUUGCUGUCCCAACCGAGGCUUUGGGAAGAACGGUUCUGGUGUUACUGCUUUCUAACGGCAGUGUCGUCGGUCUAUUGCUGGACGGCAACGUUCAUGUUUUGGGCUUCUUGGCACCCUUUUUUUUUUUCUUCAUUGAUUUUGUUUGGCUCUCCGGGUGCAUUGACUCCCGAGGGUAUGCCACAUGUCUCUUCUCUCACGAUGUGGAAUGUGCGGGUGAAUGGUCGAGAGGUGGUGUCCGUUUUGUGGGUUGGCUCCAAAUCACGUGCUGCGAUGGGCCCACGUGUAGUACAGUGA